CAACGGAGCAUCAUACACAGCUCAUACAGCUCAUGAGUGUGAAAGAAUACUUCAGAAUGGGCAGUCUGGAUGAUGUUCCCUUUAAGGUUCCACUGGGUUCUCUAGAUGAGCCUCUGGGCAUGAUGGCGCCAGUCACUGCCCAAGAAAUCAUCAUCCCAGACUACCACCAAAAAUUGCAUGACCUGCAGUAUGAUUUUUGUCUGGAGAACUGGGUUCUGAAUGGGUUCCGUGAUCGUUCUAAUAAGCAUGAUAUUGUUCCUGAGCUGGGUGGUGUGAUUCCAUCCUGCCCUCCGUACUGGCUCCUGUUCAGCAGCCCUCAGGAAAGGCGCUCUGUACACCUCUGCAGAAAGGGAUUGUGUGAUAAAGUACAGCGACAUCGCAGCCUAAGCUUGAGUUCAGCAGACCUGCAGAGACGGCACCUCACUCGUACGCACUUCCUCGUAGACAACUCUGCGCACGAUGCUGCUGGCUACAGCGAGGAUGAUGAGGGUUCCUCUCCUGAGGAAGAUCAACGUUUCCGCUCUCAGAGCAGAGAAAGAUCCAAAUUUUGCCUGCUUCAAGAUACUCAGAGGUCCGUGUCACCCCGAGCACCGGUCCACUCCUACAAAAACUCCAGCAGCUCUCUGAAGGAGAUGAGCAGCCCACCGAGCCUGAGGUCCUCACGACCUCACAAAAAACACAUUUCUGCAAGCUCCAAUGGAAAACGAAACGUCAUCACCCACAAAUCACAUGUCACAAACACCAAGCUCCAGCCCAGACCCUCCUCAGCUGGCCCGCAGCUUUCUGCUCACCAACACAAGUCUUCUCUGCAGGCUGCUCGUCCUCGUACUUCUCAUGGAGAUCGCCACUCAGUCCCAGACUCGUCUGUGGAGCUGCUGUAUGCUCUGAGCCAGGAAGAGAGAGAACUGGUCGAGAGCAUCACUGCUCAUGGAUACACACUACGCUCUGCCAUCCUGGCUUUGCAGCGCACUGGCACUCGCAGUGCAGAGCAGAUUCUGAAUUAUCUGUUGGCGCGUGAUCGUCUGUGUGCACUGGGGUUUGAGAAAACUCAGGUGGAGGACGCUAUGGAGAUGUUUCAGAACUGUGAGAGCAAGGCUACAGAGUUCCUGCGAUUGCUGGCUCAGUUCGGUGAAAUGGGCUUCCAGCAGAGCACUAUUAAAGAAGUUCUUCUCUUACAUGACAACCACCGGGAGAAAGCACUAGAGGAACUCGUCACGCACGUCACCUGAACGCUCUGCACACGCGAUAAGAUUUUACAUGGGAUUCAAUAUGUAAAUAAAUAUUAUUAUACACAUACUUAUUAUAUAGUAUAUGUUUCUAUACUCAAUACAUAUUAUGCACAUUCAGUACAUAUGAAUGGAUUAGAAGGUAAUUGCAAUGUGUUAAUGUGCUGUGGAUUUGUUGACUGUGUUUUACAUUGUGACUAGUUGCUUAGAAAUAACUGAUGAAGUUAUAAUCAAGCUUAAUCAGCUGUGAUGAAUUAUUAACGCAGUCUUGUGUGACAUAUUGUACAGGAUAGAUUCUGUUCACCCAAGCACAUUUUACUUUACUUUUAUUACAUCAAGUAAUACAUUUCAUUUACUUUCCUUUGUAAAGCUGUUAAUGGACUUUUUUGAUCUACUUAACUGAAUCUUGUUACAAGGUUACAUGCAUACAGUCAAAGGACAUAAGAAUUCGGACUAGUUUGUUUUCAAUAUAUUUACAGUACAUAUAUGCACUUAAAAAAUUGCACACAUAAUGUUUUUUUUUUUUUACCCAAAAUCAGAGCAUGUUUUUAAUUUUAUUUUUUAGUCUGUUGUUUAUUGUAUUUAGUAAAUUCUGUAU